AUGGGUUUGAUGCGUUCACGGUCUCCGUUGUUGUGGUGCCUUCUUCUUGUGGCGGCUCAGGUGACUGGAGCCACGAAGAGGUUCCGGACGACAGUGACAGAAGAUGAGCAGGUCCAGGGAUUCUUCGGUAGCUGGGGAUCAACAAAAGCCUCCGGUCCAGAACCAGCCUCCGGACCAGAACCGGGGGACCUCGCCGCUGCGUUCACGGUCCCCACCCUGGCUGGAGAGUUGUCGUACCAGCCCGGAGCUGUGCCCGGGUCCCUGCUCAUACACGCCUUCACCAACAAGUCUGGCUUCUUGGAGUGUCUGUGGAGCUCGGAGUCGUCCCUGUCCAGCCUGGUUCGGGACCUGCCCGCUAGCACACAGGUGCUGUUCCUGUCCCUGGACGACUCUGCCGUCAGCGAUGCUCUGUGGAUGAGGGAGCAGCUGCAACGGGCCGCAGUGCACAGUAAGAAAGAGGUUCUGUCCAGGCUGCACUUCUCUCCUGUCCCAGUCUUUGCUCUGGGAAACUGGAUCCCCAACGUGCUCUGCUACUGGGGCUGCUUUGGAUUUAACUGUGGCUUCUCACAGGCAGUUUUUACCUCAAAGGAGUGGAAGAUGCCUGUGAUCAUCAAACGGCUUGAUGCUCGAUACGAUUGGCUCACGGGGCGCUGGGGUCAGAGGUCAUAUCAGCUGAUUGAUGCAGGAGAUGGGUGUCAUCCUACCCCCAUAGUGGCAGGUGCUGUAGCUUGGGUGUCAGAGGGCAACUGCUCUUUCUUCACCAAGGUGCAGAGCAUGGCCAAAUCCAACGCCUCCGGUGUCCUUGUCUACGCCCUCCCUGGAAACCCAAUCCAGGACAUGAACUGUGUUGAGGAUGAGUGUUACGUACAGCUGGGCAUCCCCGCUGCCAUGGUGCACCUGGAGCUAGCGGUAGAGCAGGCGUUCCGGUUGGGACAGAAGGUGAACGUGUCCUUCCAGACGACUCCGUCGCCGAGCUUCUUCAUCGGCAUUAACCAGCAGGGAGCCCUGUCUGAGAUGGGCUCCUUCCUGUAUCCCACGUUUAGCUUCAUCAACUGGCAGGCACAGUGGUUUGAUUUCUACGCAGCUCUGCAGCUCAAGCUUCAGAAUCCUGCACAGGUUGUUCCUGUCUUUGACAAAGUCCAAAUGCAGGGCGACAAAGGAGCAGUGGCCACAGUCGUUCUGCCGUUAGGCUUGUCCCACUUCGACACACUGGAGCUGGAUGCGUCUCUGUCGUGUCCCGGCCGCAGGGACUCGUCCUGUGCUCCGUGGGAUCACACGGUGCAGCUGUUCGUCUGCUGCAACCACCUCAGUCCAUACUGUAACAUUGAACUGGGCCGAUGGAUCACGACCUUCCACAGAGGUACCGGGCGCUGGCUCACAGACGUGUCUCCACUCAUCCCCCUGCUGGACAGCAACAAAUGCAACUUCACCAUGAAGACGGCGCCUUGGGCGAAGCCGUGGGUCGUCUCCCUCAAUCUGAGAUUUAGCGUCAGCAACCAGACAGGUCAUCGUCUAGAGACGCUCCGUCCCUUCAGAGCGGUGCCACUGUACAGCGGCGGCACCUUCGACAAAAACUACAACAAGCGCUACCAGCCGAUCAAAUUCUCCGUCCCCUCGUCGUCGACUAAAAAGGUGGAGCUGUUCGCUGUCAUCACGGGACACGGCAGUGACGAGAACGGCUGCGGAGAGUUUUGCGUCACCUCCCACCACUUCCUGAUUAAUGCUGCGUUCAACAACACUCUUUCUUUUGACUCUGCAGGAACGGCUCUGGGCUGCACUCAGCGGGUGAAAGACGGAGCGGUGCCGAACGAGCACGGCACGUGGCUGUACGGCCGAGGAGGCUGGUGCGACGGGCUGCAGGUGGACCCCUGGAGAAUCGAUAUCACCAAGCAGCUGGACCUGAGUGGCCUGAACACUGUCAUCUACUUUGGUUUGUUCGAUGGGAAGGAUCCUGACCCGUCUCAGCAGCCGGGAUACAUCAUCAUGCAGUCUUUUCUCAUUUUCUACAAAUGAUGCCACUCUGAAGAGUAUAAUUGUUUGAAUAAUGAUUUCAUUGAAUGCAACCGAAUCAAUAUAAGGAUUAAAUUUUUAUUUUCUUACUGCUUC